UAGAAAGCUACAUACCAUUAUUGAUGAAUAUAAUAGCCUUCGAGCUCUUCCUUUCACCGUAUUUAUAUACCCCAAUUAGUGUAUUUUUGUACCCAAUAUACAAAGGGCAUUAGGAAAUUAGUUAAUUUUGUUUUUGUUUUUAACUAAUAAAGAGAUGGCACGCUAAGAAGUUAUUAACUAACUGUAAGAUAAGCUGCAAUGCACGCCUCAAAGUUGUUAAAUGGGAGACUAUAUAAGAAGCAUUUUCAACUCAAUGUAUCAAGUACAAAAAAUAUAUAGAAUGAGUAAGUUACUCCAUCUACUGUGCCUGCUGGUAAGUUUCGGCGUAAUCCUUGGUCAAGGACAUCUGCGUAUUAUCGAUGGUAAACCGGCCUGGCCGAAGCUGUUGCCCUACCAAGUGCUGCUAGAAGCCACGUUCAAGGAUGAUAAUAAAACGUACUAUUGUGGCGGCACCAUUAUCUCCAAGCGCUGGAUAUUAACUGCUGCCCAUUGCCUUGUAAAUUCAAGCCUUGUAUUGGAUAAUGUGAUUGUCAGCGCCGGCAUCGUGAACGCAACAGAUGAAAAUGAGUUCGGCCGUGUGGAAAUGUUGGUCAAAAUGCAGGAUACCGUUGUGCAUUCAGAGUACAAUAAUAAAACUAUAGAAAAUGAUAUUGCUCUGAUCCACUUACCAGAGGAUUUAAAGCUAAACGAUUAUAUACAGCCAGCUAAGCUGCCCAAGAGGAAGCACCCAAAUGCAUAUGACUUCCGCAAAGCUAUUGUCUCCGGCUGGGGUCAAACCAACCAUGGACCCACCGAUAUCUUGAAAUAUUUAGUCGUCAGAAUCAUUUCGAAUAAGCACUGCGAAAAGUUAUGGUCCCUUGCUUUGAAUGGGCUACGGAAACUAAUACUCAAUUCAUUUCUGUGCAUUGAUACGAGACGCGGGUUGCCCUGUUUCGGUGAUUCGGGCGGUCCUCUGGUUCUAGAUGAUGGCUCUGAUACUAUAGUGGGUAUCGUCUCGCAUGGUUACGAUGCCGAGUGCAAUAUACGUGUACCGGAUAUUUUUACGCGCGUUUCUUCGUUUGUGGAUUGGAUUGAGAUGCACACGGGCAAACUCACGUAGCCUUAACUUUAAUUACAUUUGUGUAUGGCUA